CCAAGAGUUCCCGUGCGUCAUUCCUGAUUAGACUUGGAGUCUGACGUCGCCAGCGCAGCAUUCAAGAAGAAGAUACCUCACACAAAUGUUAAAGUCCAACAUCUUUUUUUAAUCACAUCCGGAGUGACGGAAGUCUUUUCUUUUUUCCUCUCUCUCUCUCUCUCUUUUUUUUUUUAAUAGACUCGGAUCAACAAGUUGCCGUCAGUGCGUAAUUUCCAUCUGACCAGAGUCCAAGCAUAAUCCGAGAGCGACACACGUGAUCCACAAAAUCUCUUCGGUUGCAAUUCAUCCCCCCCCUCCCCUCCCCAUCUCAUCUGACUAGAAGAAGACGAAGAGGGGAAAAAAAAUAAGCCGUGGACAAUCCUGUGAAAUCAUCUUGUCCGAUUAUUAGUGAAUAGCUGCAAUCGCUGAUCGGCUCCAUGCCUUACCGCGUCUCCAGAUGCCCGCCUGGCCGGAGCUCGGCAACUUUGCGCGCCGAAAGAGGCUCACAGCAAAGACGGAAUCUGAAUGAAUGCGGCUGAAAUUUCCUCGCAUCUCUCAUCUCGCUUCCCAAAGACUGUUGAAUGUGUUUUAUAUCCCGCCGGCUGAACGUAUCUCGCGCUUUUAGCAGCUGUACGGUUCGAUAAACACAAGACUCUGCAGUGCAUCGGUCCAUCACUGGAACAGGGGAGCGGCAGAUGUCGAAGAAACGCAAAAGUCCUGAUGACCAGGGCAUUCAGGAAUCCCCCCCGGUACGGAGCGGCGAGCAGCAAGGCUUGACAGAUGAAAAAGUGAAGGCCUACCUCUCGCUGCACCCGCAGAUGCUGGACGAAUUUGUGUUGGAGAGUGUGAGUGCUGAGACGUUGGACAGAUGGCUGAAGAGGAAGACCAGCAGCAGGCCUGCAGAUGGCACAUCGACUAAAGAAGUCAGCAGGCAGUACCAGGACACAAACAUGCAGGGUGUGGUGUAUGAACUGAACAGCUUCAUGGAGCAGCGGCUGGACACUGGAGGAGACAACAAACUUCUGCUCUAUGAGUUGUCCAACAUAAUCAAAACAGCAACAAAAGCUGAUAGUUUUGCACUUUAUUUCUUGGGAGAAUGCAACAAUAGUUUAUGUUUAUACGCUCCAAGGGGGGCCAAGGAUGGCCGUCCAAGCCUCGUCCCGUCUGGCCCCAUCUCAUACGGGACAACCAUUGCCGCUUACGUUGCCAAGACUCGCAAAACACUGCUAGUGGAGGACAUCAUAGGGGACGAGCGAUUUCCGGACGGCACAGGGCAGGACUCAGGGAUCCAUGUUCACUCUGUCCUGUGUCUCCCCGUCCUCACUGCCAUUGGGGACCUCAUCGCCAUCCUGGAGCUGCAUCGGCACUGGGGCAGGGAGCCUUUCAACCUAAGACACCAAGAGGUUGCAACAGCAAAUUUAGCUUGGGCAUCUGUUGCCAUUCAUCAAGUACAGAUGUGCAGAGGCCUUGCCAAACAGACUGAGCUUAAUGACUUCCUACUAGAUGUGUCAAAAACAUACUUUGAUAACAUUGUGGCAAUAGAUUCUCUACUUGAACAUAUUAUGAUAUAUGCAAAAAACCUGGUGAAUGCAGACAGAUGUGCGCUCUUCCAGGUAGAUCACAGCAACAAAGAACUGUACUCUGACCUGUUCGACAUCGGGGAGGAGAAGGAAGGCAAACCUGUGUUUAGGAAAACAAAAGAAAUAAGGUUUUCCAUAGACAAAGGAAUAGCUGGCCAAGUAGCUCGGACAGGGGAAGUCUUAAAUAUCCCAGAUGCCUAUGCAGACCCACGGUUCAACCGAGAGGUAGACCUCAAAACUGGCUACACCACGCGGAACAUCCUGUGCAUGCCCAUUGUGAGCAGGGGGACUGUUAUCGGUGUGGUGCAGAUGGUGAACAAGCUAAGCGGAAGUGCCUUCACUAAAACCGAUGAGAACAACUUUAAGAUGUUUGCUGUCUUUUGUGCUCUGGCCUUACACUGUGCAAAUAUGUACCACAGGAUCCGGCACUCUGAAUGCAUCUACAGAGUGACGAUGGAAAAGCUGUCCUAUCACAGCAUCUGCACGUCAGAGGAGUGGAAGACCCUCAGCCAACUCAACCUUCCUGAACCCAUUUACAAAGAAAUUGAAACGUUCCAGUUUGACAUCAGUCCCUAUGAGGAGAUUUGGCCGGCCGUCUUCAUCUACAUGGUUCACAGCUCCUGUGGAAAGUCCAGCUUUGAGCUGGAGAAGCUCUGCAGAUUCACCAUGUCAGUACGGAAAAACUACCGCCGUGUGCCCUACCACAACUGGAAGCACGCGGUCACAGUGGCACACUGCAUGUUUGCCAUCCUGCAGAAAACCACCGGGAUCUUCACCGAGCUGGAGAAGAAGGGUUUGUUGGUAGCCUGUCUGUGUCACGAUCUGGACCACCGAGGUUACAGCAACACAUACCUGCAGAAGUUUGACCAUCCACUGGCUGCUCUGUACUCCACCUCCACCAUGGAGCAGCACCACUUCUCCCAGACUGUCUCCAUCCUGCAGCUGGAAGGGCACAAUAUUUUCUCCAACCUGAAUUCCAGCGAGUACGAGCAGGUGCUGGAGAUCAUCCGGAAGGCCAUCAUCGCCACCGACCUCGCCCUCUACUUCAACAACCACCAGCAGCUGACGGAGCUCCUGACCACCGGCGGCUUGGACCUGAACAACCAUUCGCACAGGGACCGUGUGAUUGGUCUGAUGAUGACAGCAUGUGACCUGUGUUCUGUUACCAAGCGGUGGCAAGUCACACGACUCACAGCUAACGACAUCUAUGCUGAGUUCUGGGCUGAGGGGGAUGAAAUGAAGAAGAUCGGAAUUCAGCCGAUCCCUAUGAUGGACAGAGACAAGAAGGAUGAGGUUCCCCAGGGCCAAGUGGGAUUCUACAACAGUGUGGCAAUUCCAUGCUACACAACACUUUCAGAGCUUUUUCCUCCAUCUAGUCCACUCCUAAAUGCCUGCAAGGAGAACCUAAGUCAUUGGGAGCAGAUAGUUCGUGGGGAGGUGGAGGAUGUUGUGCCCAGCCGGCCCAGUGAAUCAGGCCCUGUCAAGGUGGAUAACUGACUACCAAAGGGGUCUCUGACCCAACAAAGAAACACACGAAUUGAAUCCUGCCACGGUCCUGGACAUUUCACGAGGAAGAGUGGGGACGAGGUGGAGGAGGCAGGGAGGAACCACAGCCUGCGUCUGCAGGAGUUUGACGCGCUGCAAGCGGCUUGACUUUUGAAAAGCACACAGUUACCUCAUCGGGUGACGGAGGUGUCCACACUGACGGUUUCACCGAUCCCAGAGACUGGCAAACAUCGGUCAGGGAGGGAUCUCAGUCCAUCACCCUGCGUCUUCUCAGCUUGGGAAAUUCUAUUUGAUAGAACGGCCUUUGAGUCCUUUCCUGUAUUUUAUUUUUGGUUUUUGUUAUUGUUGUAAUUAUUAUUUUUGGGGGCUUUUUCUUGUCAUUUUCCUUAAUUUGAACUGUUCCUGUUAUGGUCUUGUAUUUGAAGAGGCCUUACUCUAGACCUUCAACAGGCUAGGAUAUGUGAAUUUUGCUUUUCAGUUCAGGCUCCUUUGAGAUGGUACUGUUUGCCUUCUGUGUUGAGUUUAUUGCACGCGCACUACUUCAGCAAGUUAUUCCCAGAGACAGAAGGAAUGUGUAGAGCAGAUGUCUGGUGUAGCGACACCUUAUUGAAAAGGCGGACAUUAGAAUGUGUUUGCUAUUACUUUUUUUUCUUUUUUUAGCAAAUAUCCUUUGCAGUACUUGAAUAAACACAGCCUGUUCUACGUGGAGAUUGCAGAAAUCCCCUAGAAACAUGGAUGAACUGUGAUGUUGACGUUGGUGAACAGUCAUGAGAGAGUCACAUUGUUUAAUGUGUGAGGUGGCCCCUGCAGCUCCUCACCCCUCAGCAUUUAGGAAUCAGCUGCACCAACAUCCCUCUGAUCACCAGGAUCCAAACCCUGCUCGUUUAUUUUAAGCCAGGACUGCAUAAUCAGUAAUUUGUACUCCCUUCUCCUUUACCGCAUCAUAAAUUACACUUGUGUUCAAACUAAAAGCAGUGAGUUAAAAAAAAAAAGUGACUGACGCUCUAAAUUUUUCUUGUAGCUUUUUUUCCCCUCCAUACAAGCAAAUUCAUUGGGAACAUGGUGUGUUUAAUUUAGAAUUAAAACAUGCAGAAAAACUUACCAAAUUUAGAGUCAUUCUGUGGAAAAAGACAGAAAGAAGAACCUUUAAAACAAAUUUUUUUCUCUAUUAUUCUUUUCAAGAUUGAACGCUUAAAGGUUUAGGUUUUUUAGAUAUUUAGCUGCGCUUCCAUUGUUUCUGAGAACUCCUUCACAUCUACAUAUGUUGCAUGGAGCCGACCCACUUCUACUACCUGUGAACAAGUACUUCAAUCAGGCCACAUUCCUCAGUUUUGCACAUUUGAUGUCACUCAAUAAGUUUUCCAUGAGAUGAAGUUCCUGGAUUUUGGACUGUUGAUUAGAAAUCCAAAUGCUGCCCAGUUAGAGUUGUUUCUGGAGUUGUUGUCUUAUUAACUUUUUACCUCCUGGAUUUAUUUAAAUCGCAAACUAAUUGUAAAAAAUAUGAAAUUCUGUCAUUUGUGUCAAAGAGAUUCUAAAUCAAAUAGAGAUCGAAUGUCGUCUUUGCAAAAGAUUUAAAUGUUUUUAAUAUGCAGAUUGGUAGCCUGGUAAAAGUUGUCUGGAGGCGUGGAAUCCCUUUUUAAUUUUUACCCAAUUGCUAAUAUUUGCCAGUUCUAUGCUAUGAAGCUUACCAGAAAUUACCUGCAAAUUACCUUUUUACCUGCAAGAGAGAAGAGCCAAUCCAAACAGCUCAUCAGAUUCUAUGCGUUUCUGUUUUCUCUUCUGUUGACUUUUUCAUCAAACUAUGUCAUUCUUAAUUUUUGGAAGUUUUUGAAUGAGUACAGUUUUUUACACUCAUUUUAUUUUGAACAUGCCAUCAAACACAAUGCUUGUCUGUUGACAUUGUUGCUUUCCUACAUCCACUACUGCGAUUUUUGCCAUGUAGAAAUAUAAUUUAUACCAGAAACAAGGAGAGAUCUCAUUAAGGGAUAAUGUACGGCUCUUAUUUUGAACACAACUGUAUUUCACCUCAAAAAGCACAUAAACAAUCUUUCUAUUAUUUUAAAUGGACAUUCAGGAAUAACACCAAACAAUCACAAACAACAUUAAAGGCUUCCUAUGAUUUCAUCAAAGUUAGAUCAUGUCUCUGGGAUUGUAACUCAUGAGUGUUGUUUGAAUUUUUUGCCACUGUGUGACACACAGGCUGUAGAAAGAAAUAACAAAUUUUCCUAAAUCAAACUAGAAGAUACGUUUGGACUCUUAAAUAAGUUUCCAAGAUCUUCCAAGAGACAAACUGUUUUGUCCUCAUUCAUUUUUCCGACUCAAGUGUCUGCUCAACUCUUUCAUGUUGUUUUUUUUUUGUUUGUUUGUUUGUUUGCGUGUUUGUUUUGUUGUUGUUUGACUGGUUCUGCAGCCCCCGUGAGAGUGGUGAAUGUAUCAUUUUGGAGAAUGUCCUCAUUGGUUGCAGAUUCUGGGUGUCGCUGUGCGGGUUCGUAUACACCAUCAGUUUCCUCCACCUGAUCCAUCUUACUGUCUUACUUUUCAGAGUUGCUUCCAGUAAGCUUCAACCAAGAGCAACAAUUAGCAUGCACCUUACCUGAAGUUUUAUAUAUAUAUAUAUAUAAAAUUAUAUAUAUAUAUAAAUAUACUGACUUUUCAUUUGCCGAAAUAGGUGAGUAGUGUGUACAAUCUAGGAAGAGAUGUAAGCUCUGAUGGUGCUAAAUGGAACUGCAGUAGUGCACUUUCUUACUAGGUUUGCAUGAGUGUGUGUGUGUGUGUGUGUGGGGGGGGGGUGUGUGUGUGUGUGUGUGAACACUUUCCUACUUUAAUCACUCUAACUCCACCAGACAACAUUAUAAAGUCACUGCACUGUCCCCUCCUCCUUUUCAGCACCAGUUAUAUCCCAUUGUCUGCACUAUGUUUAGCUUAUGAUCUUUAUCAUCAUCCUUAUUAUUAUUAUUAUUAUUAUUAUAUGACUAUUGUUAUUUUCUUAAUUAGAUUUAAAUUUAAAUUAACUUAUAUUUUUUAUACAAAGAAGAAUAAUGUUUGCCUUUUUUUGUUUUGUACAAAGUAAACAUUAAGAUAAAUUAAACAGUCUAGACAUGUUACUGUUACCCAGAAUAACUGAGGAAUGUCUCAACUGUAAAUGUAAGAGCCGUAGCCCAAAUGACUUUUAUUAAAUACAUCUUUGAAAAGAAACAUCUCUCUGUUGCAGAUCUUUUUCUU